CAUAACCUCUAAGUGAACGACUCUACAACCACUUCAAACAGAAUUUUCCCGGUUUUAUCACUGAGAAUCAUGGUCAAAACUUUAUCAGGAAUUUUGUGAAAAACAUUUGCCAUCGAAAGAGUAAAAUAAGCUUGUCGUCAAGGUUAAUUUGAGAGUAAGAAAAAAAUUAAACCCUCAAAAUGUCGGAUCAAUUCGUGGGUUGUAUGGUCUCCAUAAAAUGUUCGGACGACUUGGGCACCUACCAAGGCCAGAUAGUAGAUUUCAAUCAUCAGACAGUGACGAUUUCAAAAGCCUUCAAAAAUGGUGUACCCCACCCUUCGCCCCAGGUGAUAAUAAAUGCCAGGGACAUCGAGAAUUUGGAGAUGAUUUCCACGGAGGAGGCAACUGCACGAGAGGUCCAGACAUCUAGCAAAGUGACAGUGAAGAGGCCGAUAGCCAAGAGAGCAAACAGAUCAGUCUCCGAGUGCAUUCCCUCAUCAGUACCAUCAUCCAGUUCUCAGCCCAAAAAAGUAACAGAUCCAAUUCCCAUUCCCGAGGUGACGAAUCGAAAGAUGAUGAUUGAAGUCAGUGCCAAAGUCAACCAGAGGAAAAUGCACAGGCAAAAAUAUCAGGAGAGGGAUGAACAGGCUUUUGGAACUCCUAUUGAUCAGUCCCUCAAUCAGGACUUUGAUUUUGAAAAGAAUCUCGCACUCUUCAAUAAAGAGGCUGUCUGGCAGGAGAUCAACUCCUCGAAGCCUGAUGUCUUGAGGCAGUCGGAGAAUAGUCGAGGAAAAUAUCGGCAUGACGAGAAUAUUCUUGUGUCGAAACCCACCACUUUGAGACAGAUCGUGGUGCCUCUUAGUGAUGAGAGAGAAUAUGUGACUGAUGAUGGAUUGGUAAUUCCUAGCAUCACGUUGGAGCUCCAUAGGCAGCUCAUUGGGGCUGCUGAUAGACUCGGGGUCAGUUGGGAACGACGGGUGGAGCUGUUGGGUCGUGCAGGAGCGGAAAUAAUCCUCCAGCUGCUGGGUGGUGCCCAUCGACUAAACCCAAAGAACGCUCACCAACGGCCAACAGUAGUUGCCCUCUGUGGACCCCACCGUUCAGGAGCUGCUGGUGUCAAUUGUGCACGUCAGCUGUCUACCCACGGUGUGAAGACAAUCGUCUACAUCGAGAACUCCGAGAACGUCUCCCUCCUCCAGGAGCUCACCCUCUACAAGAUGACUGGGAACAAAGUCGAGACUAGAAUAGACAAAUUGUCAUUAACGGUGGACUUAAUACUCGUGGCCCUCUGCGAGGAGGAGUCCCCCAGGAUGGUUCCCUCUGUUGCCAAAUGGGUGAAGGGAAAUCGGGCGCCAGUGUUGGCUAUUGAGCCACCGUCUGCUGGUACACCUGGUAUAUCCUCGAAGUUCAGCCUUCUAGGGGCCCUACCACUGUCUCACAGCCCUGACAAUGGCAGACUCUACCUCUGCAACCUGGCACUUCCCAACAAAGUGUUCUCAGAGGUUGGCAUCACGUAUCGAUCACCAUUCGGUCCAAAAUUCGUUAUCCCACUACAUUCUGAUGAUUCUUAGGUAAUUGAGGAAUUAUUGAGAGUUACUUCGGGACAGUGAUUAUGGGAGUUCAUCGUUAAUUCUUCAGUUGAUGAGCAUUAAUAAUAAUUGCUUGACACAACGGGUUAACAUGAGAAUAGCUGAAAUAGUAGUUAUGUAAUUUAAUAAUAAUUAAUUGAAUGUAUGUUACGUCGGGAGAUCUUUAUAAUUUUCAUGAACAAAGUGUAAAAAGGAUGCGGCACGUUGGGAUUUUUUAAACUGGGGAGUAUGCGAGGAAAAUUGUUUACCCGUGAAUUUAAUAAGAAUAUUUUUAUCUAGAUUUUUUCUAUGAGGAAAAAUUAGGAGAGAAGGACUUAUUUUGUAAGUUUCACCUCCUCUUUUUCUUACUGUAGAGGUGGAAAGACAGUGGCAAGUGCGAGUGGCGAAUUUUUAAGAGACCUACUAAAUUAACUAGUGAUGUUGAGUUUAUUAUGAAGCAACUUUGAUUUAUUAUUUUUUUUUUGAGGUAAUGUUAGUGAUUUGAGUUCCGGGAGGAAGGUUAGGGAGUUUAAUGUGAAAUUUUUUUUGAAGAAGAAAUUGAAAUUCACGACUAAAGUUCUCACGAGAGCUUCCAUAGUUCUAGAUUUGCGGUAUUUAUUGAAAAAAAUAGAAUUAAGAUGAGAUAUCAGCACAGAUUCGUAAAGAUUGAUUUUUAGAGAAUAUUUUCAAAUUCAAAUGAAACAAAUUAAAUGAUUUUUAGUCAACAAA